AUGAAGCUGCCGGCUUACGCUGUGCUGUUGAUCUUGUGCCUCUCCUUGUUCACGUCGUCAGUCGUUGCGUUUGAUGUGAUCGCUUCGCUCUUCCGCGACCGCAGCUGCACCGCAGUCCUCGCCCCGCCCAUGGGCCUCGACCAAGGCGUGUGCGCCUACAGUGAGGACUUCAACUUCUACUACAACAUCUCCACCACCUCCUCCGGCCAGGCCAGGUUCAACUUUGGAUGCAAGCCGGGCUGCGUUGGUUGUGCGGAGGUGGGCACGACGCACUACGGGUCGUGCAUGCGCUUCCAGCUCGGCAGUACCGAGGUCUUCGCCACGGCCUGGCGUGUGGACACCUCGGCCCUGCUGUCGGCCACCAUCUACGCCGACCCGCAGUGCGCUCGUCAGCUGCCCUACGGGACCAUCACCGUCCAGAGCGGGUCGUGCACCUACUCCCAGCUGCUGUUCAACUCGGUCGUCGCGGCGCAGUUGGACGCGCGCGACUCGCCCAAGAGCGAACGAAUCGCAUUCGGCCUCAACUGCAACCAGCAGUGCGGCUUCUGCAGCGUCUACAACAGGACCGCCGCUGAUCUGUGCACUCCCGUCUUCAACGUCUACAUGAAGAUCAAGACCGCACACUUCUAA